UGACUCUUCCGGUGCGCCACAUAUUCACCGCCACAUCCCAUUAUGCAUAUACCGCCACACCCAGUGACUCAGCGCCCAGUAUAUCAAAAUCUCUUCCUCGCGCUCUUCCCCACGCUCCUCCUCACACUCUUUCUCCACAUUUUCAUUUUAUCGAUGUCCAAUAUCGUCCACAUCAUCGACGUGGAAAGCGGUAACCUCCGCUCCUUACAGAAUGCAAUCGAGUUUCUCGGCUAUGAGGCCCGCAUCGUGAAGCGCGCGGACGACCCGGCGCUUGCGACGGCCACGCGUGUGUUUUUACCUGGCGUGGGUAAUUACGGGCACUUUGUACAGCAGGUUCGUGCACGCGGUUUUGUUGCGCCGUUGGAGGCAUACAUUGCAAGCGGGCGCCCGUUGAUGGGCAUCUGUGUUGGACUCCAGUCGUUGUUUACCGGUUCUGAGGAGUCCCCGGGCGCCGGUAGUGAGGGAUUGGGCUACAUAUCUUACGAGUUGUCCAAGUUCCAGACCCUCGACUCUUCUGUCGAUGGCGGAAGGAAGUCCGUUCCGCAUAUUGGCUGGAACAGCAUUGUUUUACCGGCAGUGAGCGGCUCGCUGUUAUACGGCUUAAACCCCUCGUCAAAGUAUUAUUUCGUCCACUCCUAUGCCGCAGUGUGUUCGGCGGAACAGCAGAAUGAGCUCAUCGCUCAGGGCUGGGAGCUUGCAGUUGGUAGAUACGGCUCGGAGGAGUUUGUUGCGGCGGUAUCGCGUGCAAACGUGUUUGCGACGCAGUUCCACCCGGAAAAGUCUGGGCACGCCGGGUUGAAGGUCAUCAAGGCCUUUCUCGACCAGACGAAGCACACCCCGCUUUCGGCCCAGGAAACCGUUUCCUCUGACAUUGAGGUCACCUCCACGGGCUUGACCCGAAGAAUCAUUGCCUGUUUGGAUGUCCGCACCAACGACAACGGCGAUUUGGUUGUUACCAAGGGUGACCAGUACGAUGUGCGUGAAAAGUCCGAAGGUGGCGACGUCAGAAACCUUGGGAAACCGGUAGAGUUGGCCGAAAAGUACUUUAAGCAGGGCGCGGAUGAAGUCACCUUCCUCAACAUCACAUCGUUUAGAAACUCCCCGGUGAGGGAUGCUCCGAUGAUCGAGGUCUUGCGAUUGGCCGCAAAGACCGUGUUUGUUCCGUUGACGGUAGGCGGGGGGAUCAAGGAUGUGACGGAUCCAGAUGGAACCGUUGUUCCGGCAAGAGACGUCGCGGGCAUGUACUUCGCGGCGGGGGCUGACAAGGUGUCAAUUGGGACGGACGCCGUAUUGUUUGCGGAAAAGUACUAUGCGAAUGGCGAAAAGGGCGAUGGAACUUCGCCCAUGGAGACGAUUUCCAAGCCGUACGGGGUUCAGGCGGUUGUCAUUUCCGUGGAUCCAAAGCGUUUCUACGUGUCGGAUCCAAAAGACGUCCCAUAUGCCACCAUUAAGACCCAGUUCCCAGGCCCUAGCGGCGAACAAUAUUGCUAUUACAAGGUAACCUCACAGGGCGGCCGUAAGGUGCACGACUUGGGUGCCCGCGAGUUUGUGGUUGCUUGCGAGGCCCUCGGUGCCGGUGAAAUCUUGUUAAAUUGUAUUGAUAAGGAUGGCAGCAAUUCCGGGUACGACUUGGAGUUGAUUGACCAGGUCAAGGGUGCGGUGAGCAUCCCUGUAAUUGCCUCGUCAGGGGCUGGCAGACCGGAGCACUUCGAAGAGGUUUUCCGCAAGACCAAGACCGAUGCCGCGUUGGGUGCCGGAAUGUUCCACCGAGGGGAGUAUGAGGUGAGCGACGUCAAAAAGUAUCUCACCGAGAAGAAGAUGUGUGUGAGAUUGGACAAAAUUGAGUUUUAGGAGAUGUGAUGUACGUUAAUGAGUAUUUGAUAGAAAGCCA